GGUACGAGUAGGUAGGUAGCUUUUGAGUUUCUGAUAUACGUAUACAUAUAACAAAUUGAUAUAUUGAUAAAUGCUAUCGAAAUUGUUGGGUAAGGGGAUUGGUCGAUCGUUUUUAUCGUCGAAAGCAUUGUUGUCAUCGUCAUCGUUGUUAUCGUCAUCGUUAUCGUCAUCGUCAUCGUCGCUAUUGGCGUUGGGUGGUUUGGAGAGAGGUUUGUCGAAGAAUAUUACGAGUCAAAGUCAAAGGCACAUACAAAUACAAAAACGCAAAAUGCAUAUUCAAAGUAUUCCGAUGUGGGAGGGGAGCUCGAAUAAUUAUGCGUAUUUGGUGGUGGAUGAGGGGAGUAGGGAUGCUGUGAUUAUUGAUCCGGCGAGUGCGGAGGAGGUCGCACCAGUUUUAAAAGAACAAAUCAAGGAUGGAAAGAUCAAUUUGGUAGCAAUUGUUAAUACACAUCACCAUUGGGAUCACGCAGGAGGAAAUAACAAGCUACUCGCCUAUCCAGAAUUCAAAGGAAAACCUGUAAUUGGAGGUAAAGAUUGUGAGGGAGUUACAAAGACACCGAAGAAUGGAGAAGGCUUUACAAUCGGAGAGAUCAAUGUUAAGGCACUUUAUACGCCAUGUCAUACUCAGGAUAGUAUUUGUUGGUUUAUGGAGGAUAAGAGUGGGAAGGCUAUUUUUACGGGAGAUACUUUGUUUCAUGGAGGAUGUGGAAGAUUCUUUGAGGGGACAGCUGAGGAAAUGCACACAGCGCUUAACAAGACACUCGCAGCUGUACCAGACGAUACAGUAGUUUAUCCCGGCCACGAAUACACCAAAGCCAAUGUCAAAUUCGCCGUGUCGGUUUCCCAAAGUAAAGCCGUCAAGGCUCUCGAAGCUUUCGCAGACCAGAACAAGGAAACGCAAGGAAAAUUCACAAUUGGGGAUGAGAAGAAACAUAAUGUUUUCAUGAGAAUGGACGACCCGGAAAUUCAAAAGGCUACGGGUGAAACGGAUCCGGUGGAGGUGAUGACCAAAUUGAGGGAGUUGAAGAAUAACUUUAAAGAACCGUUGGCUAAAUUUUGAUGAUUUGAGGGGGCUAGCUUUUGUGAUUUGAGAAAUGGUGGAUAGGCAAUUGUACGGUGAUUUCAGAGUUGAUGUGCAUUAUAUACCUGACUAUGUGAGAGAAAGACAUCUGGGUAUAUACUCUGACUGGUUCAUUGAAUCAAGUGAAUAGUGUAGAUAGUAGAUGUGAAUAAUUACUAGGUAUGUAUCGAAGAUCUUCCAGCUCGUUUCCCCUUGUCGUUUCCUUUUACCCCACCCCCCUACCUAUUUAGUAGAUAUGCGAGGAAAGGAGAGAAUGGUCCGUAUAGAACACAAGAUGCAUAAGGCUGAGUGGCACUGCUCGGUAUACUUAUGUAUGUAUGUAUGUAUGUAUGUAUGACGUAAUACUAUUUAUA